CUUCCGUGUACAGUCAGGCGCAGGUCACGUGACUUACAGUAGCAGUCACAUGACGCUUUGAUUCGACUUGUUCUUGCGGAACUACAACUGAGGACGUUGGGAGAAGCUGCUGCGACAGAGAAACUUUGUCUUUGUCUUCUGUUGAUGAGCGCUGCUCUUUAGUGCGGGUUUUUUCAGCGAUGUUCGCCCGGGGGUUGUUGGCCUGCUUGCUGGCCGUGUUUCAGCUCGGCUCUCGGGCUCAUUACGCUCCGGAUGAGGUAACUUACCUGCCAGGUAUGACGUUCAAACCCAACUAUCGACAGUGGUCAGGAUACCUCCAGGCACGGCCGGGAAAGUUUCUCCAUUAUUGGUUUGUGACUUCUCAGAGGGACCCAGUCAAAGAUCCUCUGGUGCUCUGGCUGAAUGGAGGCCCAGGCUGCAGCUCUCUGGAUGGAUUCUUGUCAGAGAAUGGACCGUUUCAUGUAAAUGAUAAUGGGGCCACACUGUAUGAGAAUGAAUUCAGCUGGAAUAAGAUUGCCAAUGUGCUGUAUGUAGAAUCUCCUGCUGGAGUGGGAUAUUCCUACUCUGAUGACAGAAAGUAUGCCACUGAUGAUGACCAGGUCGCUGAAGAUAAUUACAGAGCCCUGCAGAGUUUCUUUGCCAAGUUCCCGAUGUUCACUCAGAAUGAGUUCUUCAUCUUUGGGGAAAGUUAUGGUGGGAUUUAUGCACCAACCCUCAGCCUUCGCGUGGCUACUGGAGCUGCCACAAUCAACUUCAAGGGCUUUGCAGUGGGAAAUGGUCUCAGCAGCUUUGCCAUCAAUGACCAAACUUUGAUCUACUUUGGUUACUACCACGGCCUGUUUGGAGAAGACUUGUGGCGUGAUCUGAACAUGAACUGCUGUGAGAAGGGAAACUGUAACUUCUACAAUUCCAGUUCAGAGACAUGCAGGACGCUGGUGGGUGUGGCCUUUGGGAUCGUCUAUGACAGCGGACUGAAUGAGUAUGCCCUGUACUUGGAUUGUGAGGGUGGCAGAAGAUCCCACAGAGCCUACGACAGGACCAUGAGUCACCUGUUUAAGAACUACAGGAAACACUCACACACUCACAAGUUUUCAGAUCGAGUGUCUCUGGGCGAAGUCCCUCCCUGCAUCAACAGCACAGCCCAGAUGAACUGGCUGAACAGAGGUGAUGUGAGGAAAGCUUUACACAUACCAGAUACACUUCCACCAUGGGACAUCUGCAGUGACGAUGUUGGAGAGCAAUACACCAACCUGUACCCGACAGUGAAGGAGGUGUAUCUGAAGCUGCUCUCUCUGGGCCUCCGGGCGCUGGUCUACAACGGAGACACUGAUAUGGCCUGCAACUUCCUGGGAGACCAGUGGUUUGUGGAAGAUCUCGGCAUGAAGAUGACCACUAAGUACCAGCACUGGAUUCAUGACGACCAGAUUGCAGGUUUCUACCAACAGUUUGGAAACAUCACUUUCCUGACGAUCAAGGGUGCAGGUCACAUGGUUCCUCAGUGGGCUCCGGGUCCAGCUUAUCACAUGUUCCAGUCUUUCCUAACAAAUGGUCCUUACUGAGCCACCGUUUUGGAGCAUAUGUUUUUCUCAGGGAAUGUGAUUUUGGAGGGAAAAGGACUGUUAGGGCACUUAACUAUCACUUGUUAUUGUUCAUAAUGUACCUGCAGUGCAGCGCGUUGAGUAUCUGGAGAGGGACAUACACAUGUUGUGUUGGCUUUGUUCUGCGACCGUCUAGAUUUGAAAUGGAAAAGAUUUAUACAUCUCUAUGGGGUUAAUGGUAAAGGAAUCUAAACCUGUUUUUAGACCGUCAGUUUUAAAUGAUGAUAAUUACACUUAAUAUUUGGUAAGCAGCCACCUUCACUUCUCUUUGAGCUUGGUGUCAGUCUGGUUUUCAGAAGUGAAAAGCACAAGCUCCUUUUUACAUUGUGUUGAAACUGGGGAACCGCAUGUGUAUUUGAAAGGUUAAAUGUCCUUCACUAUUCACCCAAAAAUAGAAGUGAAAGCCUUGAUUUUAAGAAGUCAGUGCUUUGACCUCACCAUUUCAUAUCUGAAAUGCACAAUAAAAAGUCAGAACAUACAUUUUCCCUUCCCAGAUGCUUAAACUGCACUCUAGAUGAUCAAAUGAAAACAUUUUCUGUUGCACUGAUGUAAAGUUGAAUCAUGACAUUCGUGGCCUUCACUGACACUAUUCAGCAAUAAUUAAGCUGUUGAGAACAUAUGAGGUGAUUGUUCUGAACCUAAUGGCGAUGCUCAAAAAUGUCCGGAUCAGCACUGCAACUUCACUUGCAUUUGUCUGUCAAAGAACUGCCAGGAACACGUGGAUUGUCAGAUUUAUUCACAUGCCUUGAUUGUAGUUCAUGUAUUGGGAUGUCACAGCUAGUUCUGUUAUGUAUUUCCAUUAAAAUACAAACCUAAUGUUUGCAAGACAACAAAGACAUGUGACUUCUGAUUAACAAAUGCCUCAAGGGUAAAAAAAAAACAAAACACGGUAAAUCAGCAACAGAACUUGUAAACGUGCCUGACGUCCACUCAUGACCAGACAAAAUGUCUGCAAAAGGAUGACUUUGUAACCAAAAGGUUAAAAAAAAAAGAAAUUGACACAAACAGUUAAACAUCUCUAUUUCCAACAAAGACUGAAAAAAAUUCAGUAAAACAGAAGCAACCUGGCACAGAUGUUUUCUGUUGACAAACAGCAUCACUGUUCUGACUGCAGCUCCUUUCCCUUCCUCUAAAAUAUGGUAAAUGUGUUUAUUCCAACAGUGUGGAAAAAAAACAUAUCCCUUUUACAUUCUGUCCCUCAUGUCCACAAAUAAAACAUUUUAUAAAAGCUG